AUGGCAGGUCCACCACAUCCACACGCAUAUAUGGGCUGGUGGGGAGCUUUAGGAUCCCCCAAGCAAAAGUACAUCACUCAAUACACCAUCUCACCUUACGCCGCUAAGCCAUUGAAAGGUGCUGCUUACAAUGCUGUCUUCAACACAUUCAGAAGAGUCAAGAACCAAUUCUUGUACGUUGCAAUCCCAGCCGCUAUUGUAUAUACCAUCUUUGAUAAGGCAGAAAGCUACAAUGAGUACUUGUACACCAAAGAAGGAAGAGAGGAAUUGGAGAGAGUUAACGUAUAG